AUGACUUCGAAACAAUCUAAUAGUGUGCGUAUUAUUCUAACUCCAAUAAAAAUAGUUCGUGAUUCAGCAACUGGUCAAUGGUCAACACCAAGAUCUAAAAAUGAUUCAAUACAAAAAGUUAAAUAUAAUCUACGUGUAAGAACACCAUCAACACCUGUAGUUUCAUUAUCAUCACCAAUUACAAAAAAAGAAACAAAUCAUACACCAAGACCAUUGACACGAGCAAGUCGUCAAAUUAGUUUUGAAAAAGAUAAAAAUGAAUAUGAACCAGAUCAAUCUUCUUCAAGUGAUGAUGACGAUGAUGAAGAUGAAGAUGAAGAUGAUGAUGAUGACGAUGAAGAUGAAAGUUUAUCAAGUGAUGAUGAGAAAAUUACAUCAACUAAUAACAAUAAUCGAAAAUCAACUUUAAUUAAUAAAGGAACACCAGCUACAAAAAAAACACGAAUACCAUUUUUGCCACGAAUGAAUACAAUGACAUUAUCGGAUUUACAAAAUGAUGAUGAUGGUACAAUAUCAAUUGAUAUUUCUAAUGAUGUAUUUGUUCAAGCUCGACAACGACUUUUACCAACAAAUUUACCUGAAGCACCACCAUGUCGUGAACAAGAAUCAAGUUCUAUUGCAGCAUUUAUUACAAAUAAACUUGAUGCACAAUCUGGCGGAGCAUUGUACAUAAGUGGUGUUCCCGGUGUUGGAAAAACGGCUAUUGUAAAUAAAGUGGUACGUGAAUUAAUGCUUCUUUCAAGUGAUUCUGAUUUACCACAAUUUAAAUAUAUUUUUCUAAAUGGAAUGAAAUUAAAUAAACCAGAAAAAAUCUAUAAUCAACUUCUACAAGCUAUUGAUGAUAAUGAAUUGAGUCGAAAACGUAGUUCUAAAAUGGCAUGUAAACUCUUAUCGAAAUAUUUUACAGAUCGCGUCAAUAAAAAAAGACAAGCAAUUGUUUUAUUACUUGAUGAAGUUGAUCAUUUAUAUACAAAAAAUCAAACAAUAUUAUAUAAUAUGUUAGAAUGGCCGCAACAACCUUAUUCAAAAUUAAUUGUUAUUGCAAUAGCUAAUACACUUGAUUUACCUGAAACAAUGUUUAAAAAGAAACUUCAAUCACGUUUAGUAGGUUUAUUUAUUAUUUUUAAAUAA